AUGAGUGUUGUUGAAAACGACCCACUUGCAACUGGUGGUGAAACACCAUCAGAGUCAAAAUUUCCAACAUCAAAGACUAAGCUCAAUGAUACUCGAGACAAUGAAAAUCCAAUUGACGAAUUUCAUCCUGCGGCAUAUUGUUACAUAUCUAAUCAAAAAAUACAUUUCACUCCUAUAGACGAUGAAUCAGAGGAUGAGGGUAAUGGUAGACUAGCUGAAACUUUCCCAAAGAUGCCAUUGUUGAAGUACGAUGCUGAUUAUUUGCCAGAUAAACUUUACUUGAAGAAUAAAAACUUUCUUUACUCGUUAAACAACCCAUCAGGCUCAGAUGUUGAAACAGACACCAACACAAGCCAGACAAAUUCUAAUGGGAAAACUUUAGCACCUUCAGCUGAUACAUCUGCCACAACUCAAUCCCAACCGUCACCAACGUCAAGGUCACCAUCACCAUUACCCAAUGCAGUGGCGGACGAAACGCCUCAAAAGACGUGUUUGUACUUUCCCAAAUACGUCAUAAAUCUUGCCGAAAACCUCGAAACGGAUUUUGCCCAAUUGAGGCGUUUAAUAGUUAGAGUCUUUCCACAAUGGAUAGAUACCAAGAAGCUCGAAAUCUCUCAGCUUACCGGUGGUAUCACAAACAUGCUUCUUUCAUGUACCUACGACAACGACACGACAAUAUUAAUCAGAGUUUAUGGCCACGGGACCAAUUUGAUCAUCGAUAGACAUAGAGAGUUUAUUUCGCAUUUGAUAUUAAACUCAAUCAAUUUAGCACCUCCUGUGUUUGCCCGGUUCAAAAAUGGCCUUAUAUACGGGUUUCUUUCUGGGAGAUCAUUAAAGCCAGAAGAAUUGAGCAACGAAGCUUUGUCCCCUCUUAUUGCGCAACAGCUAGGCAAUUGGCACAAGUCAUUAAACUACAAGCUAAUUGAAGAAGGUGUUGAUAAAAUAAGAACCUUGAGAAUUGGAGCCAGACGAAACUCGGUAGGUAAAAAGAAAAACAUCACUAAGAAAAAGCGAUUCAUUUCAAAUGUAUGGGAACUAAUUGAUGAUUGGAUUGAGAUUGUCCCAAUCAAUCCUGAGUUGAUAGCUUCAUUUAAACAACAUUUGAAUGAGGAUGUUAAUGAGGCAAACUUGAAAGAAGUGGUCAAGAAGGAGUUUCACUGGUUGAAAGCCAUUCUUGAACUGGUGAACUCACCAAUAGUUUCUUGUCAUUGCGAUUUGCUCUCCGGUAAUGUCAUUGUUCCUGAAGAUUUUGACUUUCAAGCGCGCCAAGGCACAGAAAAUCCUCUACCGUCGUCAGUUGGGCAAAAUCCUAUCAAAUUCAUCGACUACGAGUACAUGCUUCCAGCACCAAGAGCAUUUGAUAUAGCCAACCAUUUGGCAGAGUGGCAAGGGUUCAACUGCAAUCGUGAUGCAAUUCCCGAACCUUCUAUUUCCAACCCCGUCCUUGUGAAGUGGUGUGAAAGUUAUCUAAACUCUACCAAAUCCGACCCCAAAGAAAUUGAAAUUUUAAUUAACGAAGUAUCAAUGUUUUAUGGAUUGCCAGGAUUUUAUUGGGGUAUAUGGGCCAUGAUCCAAAGUGAACUUUCAAACAUUGAAUUUGACUAUGCCAAAUACGGGAAGUUGAGGUUAGGAGAGUACUGGGACUGGAAGGCCAAGAAUAGGAAUCUAAUUGAAUCUGUGUCAGUAUAA